GGGCGGGCCCGCUGCUGGAGGCGCCCGGGCCCAGGGCGGGGGUUGUGGCAGCAGCUGCAGCAGCGGCGGCGGCAACGGCGCCAGGAGCUGCUGCUGCAGAGGCGGAGGCUGCUCCUGGACGCGUCCGGGUCGCGCAGCCGGAGUCCCAGCCCGGAGGUGCCGGGCGGUGCGCUGGGUGCUGCGGCUGCUGCCCGCCUGCUGCUGCCCGGGCCCCCGCUGCCACCCGGGCCCCGGCCGCAGCUCGCGCCCCCGUCGACCCCGCCCGCGUGUGUGCCCCAGCCGGGACGCCGCCCCCGGCCCGGUCUCCACUUCUCGGCCGCCCCUCCCAUGACUGCGCCCGCUCGAAGAUGGCUGCGAAGGGCGCGUACGGCUCCCACCUGAAGAUGGAGAGCGAGCUGGAGCGCUGCCGCGCCGAGGGCCACUGGGACCGCAUGCCCGAGCUGGUUCGGCAGAUGCAGGCGCUAGUCAUGCUGGGCGGCGGAGGCGGCCGGCGAGGCAGCCCGAGCGCCGGUUUCACCUCUCUGGACACCGAUGACUUGGGGAAGUUGCUCCUGGCUGAGGCCCUCCUAGAGCAGUGUUUGAAGGGGAACCAUGCCACGAUAAAAGACUCCAUCCCUCUGCUGGAGAAGAAUGAGCCGAAGAUGAAUGAAGCCAGAAACUACCUGAGCAGCAUCCUUAACCACGGGAAGCUGCCGCCGCAGUAUCUGUGUGAGGCCAUGCUGAUCCUGGGCAAGCUGCACUACGUGGAAGGCUCAUACCGAGAUGCCAUCAGCAUGUACGCACGGGCCGGCAUUGACGACAUGUCCAUGGAGAACAAGCCCCUGUAUCAGAUGCGGCUGCUGGCAGAGGCCUUUGUCAUUAAAGGCCUCUCCCUGGAACGCCUGCCCAACUCCAUUGCUUCCCGCCCCCGCCUGACUGAGAGGGAGGAGGAAGUGAUCACCUGUUUUGAGAGAGCCUCCUGGAUCGCUCAGGUGUUCCUGCAGGAACUGGAGAAGGUCACAAGUAACACCACAUCCCGGCACCUGAAAGGCUCGCACCCGGUCGACUACGAGCUCACCUACUUCCUGGAAGCCGCCCUCCAGAGCGCUUACGUGACGCACUUGAAGAAGGGGAACAUCGUGAAAGGCAUGAGGGAGCUCCGGGAGGUGCUGCGCACUGUGGAGACCAAAGCAACUCAGAACUUCAAAGUGAUGGCCGCCAAGCACCUGGCGGGGGUCCUGCUGCACUCCCUGAGUGAGGAGUGCUACUGGAGCCCCCUGUCUCAGCCUCUGCCUGAGUUCAUGAGCAAGGAGGAGAAUUCCUUCAUUACGCAGGCCCUGCGGAAACCUCACCUCUACGAAGGAGACAACCUCUACUGCCCGAAGGAUAACAUUGAGGAAGCCCUGCUGCUGCUCCUCAUCAGCGAGUCCAUGGCCACUCGGGAUGUGGUGCUGAGCCGGGCACCGGAGCAGGAGGAGGACCGGGCCGUGAGCCUGCAGAAUGCGGCGGCCAUCUAUGACCUGCUGAGCAUCACGCUGGGCAGGCGGGGCCAGUAUGUCAUGCUCUCCGAGUGCCUGGAGCGAGCCAUGAAGUUUGCGUUUGGAGAAUUUCACCUCUGGUACCAGGUGGCUCUGUCCAUGGUGGCCUGUGGGAAGUCAUCCUACGCCGUGUCGCUGCUGCGGGAGUGCGUGAAGCUGCGGCCCUCGGACCCCACCGUGCCCCUGAUGGCCGCCAAGGUCUGCAUCGGGUCCCUACAUUGGCUAGAGGAGGCAGAGCGCUUUGCCAUGAUGGUGAUCCACCUUGGGGAGGGAGCCGGGGAGUUCCUGUCCAAGGGCUACCUGGCAUUGGGUCUCACCUACAGCCUGCAGGCCACCGACGCGACUCUGAAAUCCAAGCAAGAUGAAUUGCACCGGAAAGCGCUGCAGACGCUGGAGAGAGCCCAGCAGCUGGCGCCCAGCGACCCCCAGGUCAUCCUGUAUGUCUCCCUGCAGCUGGCCCUCGUCCGCCAGAUCUCCAGCGCCAUGGAGCAGCUGCAGGAGGCUCUGAAAGUGUGCAGGGACGACGCCAAUGCCCUCCAUCUGCUGGCGCUCCUCUUCUCCGCCCAGAAACACUACCAGCACGCCCUGGACGUGAUCAACAUGGCCAUCACGGAGCACCCUGAGAACUUCAACCUGAUGUUCACCAAGGUGAAGCUGGAGCAGAUCCUGAAAGGCCCAGAGGAAGCCCUGGUGACCUGUAGACAGAUGCUGCGGCUGUGGCAGACCCUGUACAGCUUCUCCCAGCUGGGGGGCCUGGAAAAGGAUGGCAGCCUCGGCGAGGGCCUCACGCUGAAGAAACAGAGUGGCAUGCACUUGACUCUGCCUGAUGCCCAUGACGCAGACUCUGGCUCUCGGCGGGCAUCAUCCAUUGCUGCCUCGCGGCUGGAGGAGGCCAUGUCAGAGCUGACCGUGCCCAGCUCGGUCCUGAAGCAGGGCCCCAUGCAGCUGUGGACCACGCUGGAACAGAUCUGGCUCCAGGCUGCCGAGCUGUUCAUGGAGCAGCAGCACCUCAAGGAAGCAGGCUUCUGCAUCCAGGAGGCAGCGGGCCUCUUUCCCACCUCGCAUUCGGUGCUCUACAUGCGGGGCCGGCUGGCCGAGAUGAAGGGCAGGUUGGAGGAGGCCAAGCAGCUAUACAGCGAGGCGCUCACGGUGAAUCCCGACGGCGUGCGUAUCAUGCACAGCCUGGGUCUCAUGCUGAGCCGGCUGGGCCACAAGAGCCUGGCCCAGAAGGUGCUGCGGGACGCCGUGGAGAGGCAGAGCACCUGCCACGAGGCGUGGCAAGGCCUGGGCGAGGUGCUGCAAGCCCAGGGCCAGAGCGAGGCCGCUGUCGACUGCUUUCUCACCGCCCUCGAGCUGGAGGCCAGCAGCCCGGUGCUGCCCUUCUCCAUCAUCCCCAGAGAGCUCUGACACUGCCCACAGCCACGGGGAUGGAGGGAGCGGCCUGGUGGGGGGCAGGCAGGCGAAGGCGAGGAGUAGGGAGCAUGGUCAGGGGAGGUCCAGGGCCUCAGGGAAAUACAUCUCUAGGGAACACAUCUGCUGGCUGCAACCCUGGUUCUCCUCGCCUCCCCCGCCUGACCCUGCUCUCCCUCCAGGGCCAGUGAGGACUGAGAGCUGCUCCUCUAGAGCAGGGUGGACCAGAUUUGCAUCAGAAACAAAUCCCUUGUUCGUUGGGACUCGGACAUCGUGGUGUCUGUGAGCAAGGAAGUAGCUGGCACACGCAUCAACAGGGGGCCACUCCCCAGGGUACCUGUGUAUCGUUUAGGCGUACAGAGUCUGAGGCUUGCAUACCCCCUGUACCUGUCUGGAAGCCCCUGUACUGUACCUGCCUUCAACAUCCCUAACCCUGGGUUCCCCAGCUUUGCACAAGCUCUAGUCUCAAACCUCAGCUCCCAAACACCAAAGACGACCCCCACAAGUUGCCCUCUGGCUGGCCCGAGAGAGUUCUGGGUUCCUUCCUCAGCCCCUUGGAAGACCAUCUGCUUGAACCUAAGUGACUGAGAGGCAUGGUGACUGGACUGGUUCCCUGAGAGCUAGUAGGGGAGCCUCCCAGCUGUACAUCACCGCCCUCCAGGCCUCUGUGCCUGAGGGAGCUCCCUGGCCCUGGUCUCAUACCCCACUCUAAGGUCACCUCCAGAGUGGCCAUGGCUGGAGGGUUUGCUGGCAAGCGGGAAGAGGCUAGGCCUCUGGGGCCUUUCCCAGGUUUAAGUUAGUGGGCGCUGCCUGGCCUGGCCCUUUGUCUGAUGAGGCUGUCGGGCCCUAUUAUGCUUGUCCCCCUCUGUUGCCAAGUGCCUUUAAGGCCUCUGGUGUCUGGCCAGGGGAACUGGGUUCUGGCCCUAGCUAACCUUCCAUUUUUGCCCACCCCAUCUCUCUGGAAGCAUGCCUCGGCUGCCUCCUUAGGCCCUGGGCUGUAGCCCCAAAGAUACACACAUGGCUGCUGGACUCAGCCCUUCCUGAAUACCUUGCAUCAGCACCUCAUUCCUUCAGGGCUUACCUUUCUGGGCAACGGGUACAACAUAGAUGCCUCUGGGGGUUAUGAUACGGAGGCUGGCCUUAACACCUUUCACUAACCACAGCCCAUUCUUGGCUGACUCAAGCUCUGCCCUGGCCAUUUGGUUUCCCCUGCCUGGGGCCAAACAAGGAAGGUGACUAGAGACCCCAGGAGGAGCCAGCCCCUCCUCCCUAGCCAGGCUGGGCUCCGUGUACAUGACACCCUUGUCCACAGGGGUCCUAGGGGCAGGGGGCGGGGGUCUUCCCUGCGGGCUUCCCUAGCCAUGCUGCACAGUGCUCUUGGAAUUCUCCCCAGGAAGUCAGCCUCCACAGGCCCAUCAGGGAAUUCCCUGUGCGCACCUUGAGUUUAGCUUUUAAAGCUCCAUCUGGUGCGUUCCUCACUUGACGGUGUGUGGAAAGGUUGGGCAAGGGCUGCCCAGGUUUGUCAGAGCCAGGGCUGUUCCUUGGAGGGGAGGGGCUGUAGGAGGACACCCCCCUCCCCAACCUCCCGGCCUGGGCUCAGCAUUGCACAACCCCCCAGGUGCUACCAGGACCAGCCUAUACCCCCUUGCCUUCCCGUGCCGGGCCAGGGGACACUACCACCACCAGAUCCUUCUCCCACCUGGGUGAAGGAGGUCUCUGGGUGUAUGUAUGUGUAUAAAUAUAUAUAUAUAUAUAUAUACAUAUGAGAUAGAGAUCUAUUUUUAUUCUGAAAUUCUGUUGGGAAAAAAUUCAACAAGAAAAAGCAGAUGCCAUUGGUCCACAUUGGGGUGCCCAGAGAGGUGGGUAGUGAGUCCGUGGUAAUGCGAAAGGCAAAGCAACACCUGCAUUUUGACUUGAAGCAUUCAUUCCUGAUGGGAGGCCUCGGAGGGCCGGGCAAGUUGCUGACAGCUCAAAGGUCUUGAAUAAAGAGACCCGUGAAGGGAAGGCUGGUUUGUGUGAA